CCUGCAUACCGUCAUCCUUCCUCCCCUAAGGUUCUAAGACUUAGGCUGGGUAGCCGUUCUACGAAAGCUCCUUCCCUAAGUUUUCAAAAGGACUUAGUAUGUUUGGAUCAUUCCGCACUAUGGUCGUCCCGUUUCAGUUUCCCUCUUGCCCGUUCCGAUUCAUCCGUCGUUCAUUCCCUCGCGCGAUGCUUCAACGGUACAAAACUAACGAGUAAAUGAUGUGUAGCUAACCCAGUUUCAUUUAGAAUGCUUGCAUUCCGGUUCUGGGUCUGCCUUUCUGUUCUCGCUGUCGCUGGAAGUCAUUGAUCGACAGAGCCGCCCAGUUCGUGGUCAAUUGGACUGGCCGGGGCAUAGCAUUCACACGCUGACCGCCGCAAAAUCCCCCGUGGCAUCAUGCGGCGAGACAUACCCGGUUACUAUUACGAUGAGACCAAGGGCAGGUAUUUCCGCAUCGAGAAAGGUCAGACCGCCCCCGCCGACGCGGCUUGGUCUGCGCGGAAUGUCCAGCGUCGUGCCGAGGAGGAGCGGGAGGAAGCUGCGGUGCGGGAGCAGCUGCGGCGGGCGGCGCUCAGAGUGAAGAGGGCUCCGGUGUGGCGUGCGCCUCUCCUGGGCGGAAUGCUAUCCAGGGAAGCUGGAACCGAGACCAGAGGGACCGAGACGCCGGUCGAGGCUUGGACAAAGGGGUUGAGCCACAAGGGUCAUUGGAGACCCUGGUCUAACACCUUCGAACGGCCUAAUGAAAACUCAAUCUGGACGAUGUGGGUUGGGCCCAGUGGCGGGUUGAGCGAUGUUGGUGUGGCCUACGCGGCGUGCGAAGUCUGGGGCCUGUCCGCCUCGUAUCUGCCGAAAGAUGGUCAGGAUUGCAUCAACUUUCGCUAUGCUGCCCAACGGUACCCCUUUAUGCCUCAAACAACAAGAAGGUAUCUUCCGGGCGGGAGCAUCCUGGCGCUCAAGUAUCAUGCACCGUCAGGCAAGAUGAUCGCGCCAUGGAAGCCUGCGGGGCGAGGAAUGCGCAUCAAGCUCUUUACGCCGCGAUCUUCGAGCCAGGAUGAAUCAGGACCGGUAUGGACGAUAGAGAAUGGCAAGCCUUGCAAGGCCGCGAAUUGGGGACUCAAAGCAGACCACAUGUUCACCUUUGUCAAUGCCUGCCAGACGGCGCCGAACUGGAGUUCGAGACUGACCUGCGUGUUCGGCACAAAUCAUGGGCUGGCGGUGCUGCAGAACGACAAGCUCGACUGGAUCGAUCCGCCGGUGCAGAACAUACUCGAUUGGAGUCUGGUCGACAACCCGCCGAAGCGGGACCGCUACUGGGACAAGGACGGUAACAAGCGGCUGAAGCGUGACAACGAGAAGCGUGACAAUGACAACAGGAAGCGUGCCAACGACAACGGGAACCGUGACGACGUAAAACUCCAACCAUGGUAUUUCGAGACGCUCGCCGUCGACUUUCUGGCCCAGAACCCGGCCGAGGUGAUCCUGGCCGGCACCCGGGGGGGCCAUGUGUGCGUGCUCGACCUCCGGUCCCCGCCCGACAGCUGGACCCGAAGGGCCAACACAUUCCGCCACCCCAAAAGCGUCGCCCACAUUCGCUCCGUCGGCGACUACGGCGUGCUGGCGGCCGGCCCCUACAGCAAGAUGUGUAUCUACGAUAUCCGCUAUCUCGCGAGGACGAGGCCGCAGCUCGACACGAGCGUGUCCAAUGACUGGACCUGGAAUGUCCGCGCCACUACCGAAGCCACGCGCCCCCUGGUCAUAUUCCACGAGUAUCGGAAUAUGCCGUUUAUCCAGAUUGGCCUGGACGUGCUGACCGAGGGGGGUUACGGCAAGGGGCUUGUGGCGGCUGCGCAUGAUGACGGGACUGUCGGUGUCUACUCGCUGCAGAACGGGAAGAGGCUGGCGGCGGGAGCCGUGGACGGGAUCCACGAGCCCUGUGUGGUGAAGAGUCUCAUGUGGUCUGCCUUUCCCGGAGAUAGGCACCCAAGUCUGUUUGUUGGCGAGGGUGGGUGUGUGAGGAAGUAUUCCUUUGGGGGGCGGGACAAUGAUGAAUGGAUGGUGAGUGAGGAGCAUGAUGCGUAGGCAUGAGGGUCAGCAGAGCGAAAAACCGGAGAUAGACGGGUUGUCGGGGACUGGGGAUAUAAACGGUGGCAUGCAGAACAAAGCGGCAUUGGGAAGGCCCAAACGGAAUCUGGUCAGGUCAAGGGAAGUGCCAUUCUUGUCGAUGAAACUUUGUUUGGCGUUUGUCCGAAUCGUGCACAGGAAGAAUAUGCAUACACCAGACUGGGUGCGGAUGUUCUCGACUUAUCCGAGUUCAGCUGCAUUGAUACUAUUUGCUAUGAUUUUGGGCUCUACGUCUGCCGGUCCACUCUCACGGAUACAUAGAGAUACAGGAUGCACCAGAAGCACCUUCUGGUUCAAAACAACCAAUCCAUUCCUCCCG